UGACAGUUUACAUUACACAAAGACAUUCAGUUCACAUCGGCGCGUUUUCUGUUUAGAAGUGAUAAAAUGUCGCGUUCAAGUGAAACUAGGUUUUAAUAAUUGGGGUACAAAAAGUUUUAUUAGUAAAGUGAUGAUUUGAAUUUUGUACAUGUAAAGACUAAAUAUGUUUGCACUACAAAAAAUUAUUUCCUUAGGCAGUGGAUUUGUGAAGACAAAUAUUCAUAAUGUGUUCAUAUUAUCUGCAGUUAAUUCUCCUGAAACAAUUGCCAAGAGAAAUACAUGGACUUCUAAGCCUCCGGUACAACUGCAGCUAUCUUAUCAGCACUUUGCAGAGCCUACAGUAUCUGCGAACACUAUCCCUAUCAUUGUUCUACAUGGUCUUCUGGGCUCGAAAACCAACUGGAACUCAGUAUGCAAGGCACUAGCUAAAGAAAACUUCAGAACAGUCAUAGCCGUAGAUGCCAGGAACCAUGGUGAGAGCCCGCACAUUGAUGACUUUUCUUACGAGGCUAUGGUGUGUGACGUAGUAUGCCUUCUUAAAGAACUCAACUUUGAGAAAGCUUCCUUUAUUGGCCACAGCAUGGGCGGCCGAACUGUGAUGCUGCUAGCCCAGAUGCAUCCAGAGUUGGUCCACAGUAUGGCAAUUGUGGACAUAUCUCCAGUUGGGCAGAGCCCCAACAUGACAGGGCUGUCAAAGCUGUUGAAACAGAUCAAGAACCUGGAUCUCAACCAUGAUCUGACAUUGUCAGAGGCUCGAAAACAGGCAGCAGAAAAAUUAUCUAAGCUCAAACUGGAAUCGAUGCUGGUCAAUUUCAUAUUGACUAACCUGGCUGAUAAUAAGCCAAUUUCAAAUUGGCGAUGGAAGUUCAAUAUUCAAGCGAUAGAAGAACAUUUUCAAACUGAAAUCUGCCGAUUCCCCAUCUUGCACACUGAUGUGCAGACUCGCACACUAUUUAUUAGUGGUAUGAACUCAGACUAUGUCAGGCCAGAGGAUGAACCUCGUAUCAAGAAGAUCUUUCCGAAAGCAAAUUUUAAGUACAUUACAGGAGCUGGGCACUGGGUACAUGCUGAUAAACCCCAAGCUUUCAUUCAGACUGUAUCUGAAUUCUUCAGAGAAGAAAAACAUCAUUAUUCAUAAUAUUAUGGCAUAUAUUAUUUGUUGUUUGUAUUAAUAUUACAUACAAGUAGGUAAUGAGACCUCUUUGUAAUGUUAAAUGUACUUUGGUCUUAAUUAUUCAUAGAAUUAAUAUUUUAGAUGAGUUAGAAUUGAAUGUGUUAUUGUUAAAUCUCUGGUCACACGACAGAGAUGUAUUUGUUCCUAAAGUAAGGCACUGCCUGGUUAGUUUCUAUAAAUAUUUAUUUUCACAAACAGAAAGAAAGCGUAUUGAAAUAUGUUCUAAUCAUGUAAUCAUCGUUUAAUGUUCUACAAAUCUUUGUUUGUAAGUCUACAUUGUUCACAAACAUUAUAAACGCUUUAAAAAUGAAAUUUUACAUAUGUGACUAUGUAUUUGACUAGCUUACUUUGAAAUUUAAGUUCACUUAUAGCUUCGUUUUUUAUUACGUACAUGUUUUGAUUUAGCGUAUUUUGCUGUUACUAACUAAUUUACAACUAUUUUAUUAGAGAAACAAGCUCAGUUACCAAACAGUGAAUAUCUGUGAUUUUAUCACCAAAACUGUGAUACCUGUUAAGUGUUUUUAAUAAAUUUUAUAUUAAAAGUUGUGCGUUAUAAAA